GACGCUAUCAAACAAUCUCCCCCCUCAACCAUGGUUCAUUCGGUAUGGUCUUCAUGGCUCAGGAUCUCGUCACCAACGAGACCGUUGCCAUCAAGUGCAUGGCCAAGAUGUCCGCUUCUUCUGAUGACGACACUUACUAUGCCAUUGAUGAGAAGUCGGAGGAAUCUGUCCUGCAUGGCCGCCUCGGAUCUCACCCCAACAUUGUCAACUUCCUCGACUCGUUUGAGACUGAGUCUCACUUGUACUUGGUUCUCGAGUACUGUGAGCAGGGAGAUCUCUAUGAGGCUAUUCGCCACGGCCAUGGACCGCUGGAGACCGAGCACGUCCGCCAGUUCAUGCUUGAACUUGUGGAUGCUGUUGACUACGCUCACUCCAAGGGUGUCUUCCAUCGCGACAUCAAGCCCGAGAAUAUCUUCCUCACCAAGGACGGUGCCAUGAAGCUCGGUGAUUGGGGUCUGGCAACUACCGACAAGUGGUCCUACGAGAUGACUGUUGGUAGUGACCGCUACAUGGCUCCCGAACAGUUUGACUCGGCCGGUGCCGGCUAUUCUCCCUCCUCGGCUGACAUCUGGGCCAUUGGCAUCUGCCUUCUCAACAUUCUUUUCUCUCGCAACCCAUUCACCACGCCGACCGAGGCCGAUCCUUUGUUCCUGGAUUACUCCCGGGACAAGCAGUCUCUCUUCGACGUGUUCCCUUCGAUGUCUCAGGACACGUACGAGGUGAUUGUCCAGUGCAUGAACCUCGACCCCAAGAGACGAUCGCUGGUCGGUGCCCGUGAUGCCCUCCUCCGCCUCGUCAGCUUCACUGCUCAGGACGAGAUCCUCGACGACUUCUGCAGCGCUGAGAAGACGACAGUGGCUACUGCCAACCGUGAGCCUCUCCGCACCCCCUCGAUCCAGUCUCCCCAGGUCGAGACGGGAGCCUUCCCUUGGGCCAAGCAUCUCCACACUCCUCAUGCCGGUCGCCAGCUUAGUGUGAUCCGCGACGACGAGAGCUACACUGAGGAGCUGUUCCCCAAGUCGGAAGCUACCACCACGGAUUGGUGCUCUGCGGCUGCCCAGACUCCGAUGUCGUCCAUGGUUGACUCGCACUGGGGUGCGUCGAUGAAGUCGUUCGCCCUGAACCCCAUCACCCGACGCACCAAAGUGUCGCCCAUGGCUGGUUCUCUUCCCAUCACCAUGGCCAAACCCAUGACGUUGUCUAUGUCGACAGUGUUUGGCCGAAAGGAUGCCGUGUCCAAGAGCUGGAGCGACAUGUGGGAUGAGGAUGAGGACGAAGAGGAGGAACGCGAGCAGCAGAUGAAGAUGCUCCAGGAACUCAACUCUCGCACCUGGAGCCACGAGAGCAAGGAGGAGGUCAAGGAGACGGCAAAGGUCGAGCCUGAGCCGGAGCUCGAGAUGGACAUGGGAAUGGAGCUCGAGAUGGAGCUGGAGCAUGAGCCGGAACUGGUCUCGCACACACAUGAUAUCAAGGGUGAUGUCGAUGAUGACCUAGUUGCCGACGGGUUCUUCUUCCACGAGGCGCCGGCGUUGAAGCAGCACAUGACGCUCGCCCCUCGCUACUCGCCUCCGCCGAAGCGGAGCCCGUUGGACAAGUGGGAGGCACUGGGUGAGCGCCGCCGCGGCCAACCCACAACUUUGGAUUCUUUUACGUCGCCGGACUCUAAGCCGCGACGACAUUUUGGUUUUGGAUACAAAUCUUACGAAGCGGGCGUUUGGGAUCAUUCUAAUUAUAACAACAAACUCGGGGUCAAACAACAUCAGCAAGAACGAGCGAAGGACCCUUGGAGCAAGGGAAGAGAUUGGAACUGGCGCCGGGACAGGCGUACCGAUCUCGGGGAUGUGGAGUGGGUUGGGGGUUGGUAGGAGAUUGAGUCUCUACUGCAACUUCCAAUCGUGGUUGGGCCCGUCUGUCUCUCAGUGUGAGGAGACGUGAGCCUUAACUCGCUUUCUGUGUAUUAGAUAUUUCUAGAAAUAAUGGCCAAAAUACCAGAAGUUACCCACUCAAACAAA